AGAAAGAAAGACGAGCUGUGUGCUUUUUUUCGUGGUUUUUGCAGGGAAUAGCAGAACUCGAGCGACUUCCUGAUUGAAACAGAAACGUUGAUCAACUGAUGACGAGCGAGCGCUUCGUAAACAGCUGAAAAUAACAAGCCCAGCAUAAUGAGACCAAACUUGGUUGUGCCGACACGUUGAGACAUCUAUGGUUGCAGGAAUGAGCUCAUCAGAUAACUUCUCUUGUCAUCGUCGAAGGAAUCCUCCCAGGACCUGUCGCCCCAUUUCGCAAGUUCUUCCAGAACUUAACAAACCUGUUUCAGGUGACAAAUCUUCCAUCUUAGGUAGUAAAGAAACCACAGUGUCGCAAUAUCUGAAUCCUGCAGAAUCACGUGGACAGAGAACAACCAAAAAGGAGAAAACUCAAGCAAACCAAAAUGUUCUUCCUGACUUAUCAGCUUGUUUACAGAAUUCAACACAUCAACUAACGGGUACAAAUGGACUGGUGUCUUCAAAGUCACAUGAACUUGAGCCGAUGGUGCCUCAAAAAAUUACCACCUCCAAAUGUCCAUCAGAAACAUCAAAAAGACCUCAGAAGGGGAGAAAAAAGAAAUUACUUCAACCCAGUGAGAAAGAAGUAGCUGCUAGCAAAGCUUGUUCAGAUGGACUGGACAAUUCUGAACAUAAUUCUUGCCCAGAACAACACUUAAGCUCUCAAAAAACAAGAGGGACACGUUAUCGGCACUCUAAAAAAACUCAAAACAAUCAGACCCCUUCUGAUAAUUCUACAGGGCUCCACACAUAUACUACAUUAUCUUCUCUUCAUCACAAGGAGAUCUCCGCCUGCCACACUAACAGUGAUUGUAGUUCCAUACCACACACCCCCAAACGGGGCAGACCCCGGUCCAGGCCUCUCUUAAGCUCUACACCGACCUCAGACCUCCAACCCCUCUCUCCAAAAAGAGCUAAGAGUACUUCUACACAACAUCACAGUGUCAAAAAGUUCAGUCCAGUAAAGACGCCUCCUACACCAUCUAGACGGGUAAGAUGUCAGAAGCCCACGGCAGCGGGGAGUCCAAGAGGUCGCAAGAAAAAGAAUGUGAAGGUACAACCAAUUGCCUCUCCACCACUGAAACGCGGCAGGAAGUGUGCAGCAUCUCCUCUAGAAUCUCCUCAGGAAGAGCCAUCCAUUGAGAUGCCGCCUUCAAAUAAAGCUGACUUUGAAACCCAAACGCUAGAGCCACAGAAAUCAGAUCAAAACAAGUCUUCGGACCUCUCCAUCGAGCUGAGCCUGCAGGAGGAACCUGAUCCUCUUAACAACUCUCUCUACAUGGAGGAAGAAGAGGAAGAGGACCUAGACGACGAUGAUGAGGAGCUGCCCAGCUUUUUGCAACAGGACAAUAAAAGGCCUAUGUCGAUCUCAGAGGGACUUUGCGUGUGGUGCAAACUGAGGAAGUAUCCCUACUGGCCUGCAGUGGUUAAAAGUGUGAAUCGCAAGAACAAAAAAGCCAGUGUUGUAUUUAUUGAUUGUUACCUAAAUGACCAAAAGCGAAUUAGAAGAGGGUUUUCUGUAUCCCUGCGAACUCUAAAACCCUUUGAUUGUGAAGAGUAUGACAAACUGGUGGACAUUGCAAAAGAGGAGUAUGGAAAUGCUAUUACCUGGUCUCUGGAACUGAUAUCGGACUAUAGGAUCCGCAUUGGAUGUGGAUCCUUCUCUGGCUCCUUCAUCGAAUACUGUGCUGCUGACAUCAGUUGUCCAGUGCGGAGGAAGUACUCCGAGGGGAAAUCUGUGCUCACAUUCCCCAGUCAGGAGAUUCUGGGUUUGGAGUGUGACAACUCUGAUAAUAACACAGAGGAUAUCGUCGUGGAAGAGCAAGAUGAGCUCCUCUCCAAGAAAGUGCUGCCCGACCGAUCCAAGGCUGCACGCAACCGUGCUAACAAGCAGUUGGUUGACUUCAUCAUCAGACGAAAAGUCGAAAACCGCUUAUUGGCAGUCAUCAAUGGUCAUGAGUCUUCUAAAUGGAUGCAGGCCCUCCAGAAGCCUUCUCGCCCUGUGGUCGACGUCUACCUGGAAGAUGAGGAGCAGGUUGAUAAGGUGUACCGCUACCUGAACAAAGUCUGUGAUAGCGCCCCUCAAAUAAACACCUGCCUAGAAAACAUCCAAGCUGACCGGAUCCGCCUCAUUCUUGAUGUGCUCCUGCCUGAGGCCAUUAUCUAUGCCAUUGCUGGAGUCCACAAGCUUUCCCUGGAGAAGGCAGAGGAGAAGUAUCGCAGAGGGCCGUGCUUUAGUAACAGAGAAAGACAGGAAUUUGACAUGAUGAUUGAACAGCAGAUGAAGCUCAAGGAGAUCACCCGGCAUCAUCGGCAGUGACGGACCCUUUAUUUUAAACAUGCAUGCAACAUGCAUUAAACAUGCAAAGUUUUAUGAAUAGGAAUACUUUCUUCAAUAUUUUCUUUCUAAUCACAGUAUAUAAGAAAAUUUGUCAAAUGAUGGUUAAAUUGAAUGAUUUUUCAUGGCAAAAAAGAUUUUCCUUUGUAAGUAAAUUAACCUGAUAUUA